GUUACAGUCCAAAAAAUGCCGCACAAUAUCGAGGAAGAUGAAGAGGAGGAGGAGGAGGAGGAAGACGAAGUACCAGUCACUUUACGCAAAGGUUCAGGUUUCAAAAUGGUUACCAGCAUGACACCAAACGUGAACCAGAGCACGACAGGGACAAUGAGCAGCGUUGAUGAUCAACAUACUAAAACAGUUCAUGAGACAACAACACGGACGGAAUCGCAUGAAGUGAUUAGGCCACAAGGACAACCACAGAUUGAAUUGGAUCCAGCAGAAGUUGAGAGAAGGGAAGCGGAAACUCGUGCGCAAAUUGAAUUACGCCAGGCAAAACUUAUUGCUGAGCAGAAAGAAGCAAUGGAGAAAGCACAGCAAGAAGCCCUUCAACGAGCUCAGCUGGCCCAGCAGCAAGCCAUAAAGGAAGCGCAAGAACGUGCCCAACGUGAAGCUCAGAUGCGUGUUCAGCAGGCACAAGCUGAAGCGAAGGCCAAGCAAGCCGAAGCUGAAGCAAAGGCAAGGCAGGCACAAGCUGAAGCCAAGAAAAGGGCUGAGGAAGAGGCAAUACGGCGAGCGGAACAAGAGGCUCGGAUUAAAGCGGAACAGGAACGCGCAGAGCAACUUCGUGUCCAGCAACAGGCCAAGAUAAUGGCUGCCAAACAAGCUCAACAAGAACAAGUUCGAGCUCAAAAUUUGCAGCAAAAUCAACCAUCGAAUGUUCAACUACAAAAGAAGCAACAACAGCCUAAUCAACCGCAAUCUCAAGUACCAACAAGACAAUCUCAGAUACCGGAAAAGCAACCUCAAAUGAUGGCAAAACAGACUCAAGUACAAGCGGCAAAACAAGCACCAAUAAAGCAAGUGCAACAAAUGCCUCAGCAACAGCAGCAAAAAAAAGGUCCAGCAGUACCAGCAAAACCUGGACAACAAACUGCAUCUGCAGCAACAACAGCAGUUAGAGGUGGUCUAAUAGGUCAUAAAUUAUCAGCACAACGAAAUGGAGGAAGCGUGCUGCAAGCUCAGGUAGCACCAGUAUCUCGAACACCUGCUCAACAACAGACAUCAGCAACGCAAUUAAUCCCGAACACUGGAAACAAAAUUCAAGUGAUGAGAGGUGGUGAUGUACAGCAAGCUUACCUGAACAAUCUUAUUAAACCUGCGGAAAUGUUACCGCAACAAGAAGUAAAGCCAAUACAUACCCAGGAAGAUCAAUCAUGGGUAACACAAAAUCGAGUACCAGUUGAAAUUCAAGCUCCUCAACCGGCAAGAAUUACUAUCCCAGAUUUACACGGAAGUGUUGAAGUUAAGCCAACAGUAAUUGUUCCACGCCCAAUGCAAACAACUCGGGUAGAAUGGAAUGAAUUUCCACAGGAGGAAGCAAAAGAAAUGAGAGAUGUUCCGAGAGUUAAAGCUGGUGAAUGGCAUCCCGACAAUCAGGGUGAAAUUAUUGGUGCGCAAUCGGUCAGAAGUGCAUAUCAGCCAGGUCGUAUUGGACAUGUUUGGCCACCACCACAAAAUGAAAAUAUCGCACCACGGCAAAAUGUAACGGUAACUAAAGCAGCAGAAGAUACAGCUUGGAGACGCGAUGAAAAAAUGGAAAUGGAAACAGGUACAGCUUGGGGUAAAAGUGUUCCGCAUAAUUUACAAAGAGUUUGGCCACCACCUGAAAGUGAAGUUCGUACAAUUAGAUCUUCAGGUUCUCGACUAAAAGCUGUCCAAUGGCCACCACCAGAAUUUGAACAACAAAUUCAGCAGGAUGUUGAUAUUCUUCAAACACGAUUACCUGUGAAGCCAAAUCAACGCCAAUGGCCACCACCACCACCGGAAUAUGGACCGGUUGUAGAGCAGACUGAAACAUUAAUGGAGCAGAAGCGAACAACAAAACAGGUGCCCGCUCAACCGAUGAUGCAAAAGGGGACUGCAGUAACAAAGGGAAUGGUACGCGUUGGUUGAGAA